AUGAGGAGGCCGCCGCUCGCUACCUCGACACCGACGCCGCCCGACGCCGCCUCGCCCUCGCUGCUGCCUCCUCUCCGUCCCCGUCGUCCUCGUCCUUCUCCCCAAGUCGCUCCCCGCGCCCGACUGCCCCUGACCCUGCUCUCCCGCGGUGAGGCCUCGUCCCCCCCCGUGCGCUCCCUUCCUUCCCCUCUAUCGCCGGCGCCGUCCACCCCACUGGUCGCCCCGCCGUGCGUGCCCGUCGCCUUGCGCCACCCCUGCGCCUGCGCGAGCCCCGCCGCCCCGCCACAGUCGUCCGCGGCCACCUUCACCUGCGCUCGUCGACUCCUCGCACCGCCGCCCCAUUUCCAUCCCGCGGUGGCCCCGCUACUGCUCGGCGCCGUCCGCGCUGACCGCGCCCGGCCCCGCCGCUCACCGCACCGCCUGGGGCCACGCCUUCCCCCCCGCAUGCUCUCUGUCGCCGUCGUUCGUCACCGUGAGCGCGCUCGCUGCCGCUGCCCCUGUCCGCCUCCCCCCCGCUCGCCGCUGCUGCCCUUGCGGGCUCGGUCGCGCGCCCGCGCCGCGCCGCCUCUGCGCUCCCGGUGCGCCCCCCAGCGCCCCAGCACCCGCUCGCCCGUGCGCCCGUGCCGCUGUGGCCAGGGCCACUGA